AUGUCCAACCAGAAACAUUCAUAUACGCUACAUUAUUUUGAUGCACGUGGACGAGCUGAACCUAUACGACUCAUCUUCGCUUACUAUAACAUUAUAUAUGAGGACAACCGAAUUUCCAAAGACGACUGGCCAAAAUACAAAGCAGAAAUUCUCGGCGGUAAUCUGGGAAGCAAGAGUGACAAGGAGAUCCAAAUAAAUAACCUUAAAGGGUUGAAUCUGCUUUACCAAUCUCUACGACUUUCAUCACGUGCUAACCAUUACAGAUUUAACUCUAAUCAUGGUACGAAACGUGAUUUAGGAAUAGAAAAUCGGAAACUCCUAGAAGGGUAA